UACUGAAGACAUUAAAUGCAAGCUUCUUACAACAAUAUUCGUUUCCCUUCUACACUAACCAUGGCUAUGAAAAUUGAUUUGAUGAGUAUUUUAAUUACACUAUUCUUUGUAAUUAGCAUGUUUAACACUCAAACAAGAGGUCGCAGCCAGCCAAAACUAUCCGUGUCUGAGAGACACGAGCUGUGGAUGUCACGUCAUGGACGCGUUUACAAGGACGAAGUAGAAAAAGGAGAACGAUUCAUGAUUUUCAAAGAAAACAUGAAAUUCAUUGAGUCGGUCAAUAAGGCAGGGAAUCUGUCUUACAAGUUAGGGAUGAAUGAAUUUGCAGAUAUUACUUCACAAGAGUUUUUGGCUAAAUUUACUGGAUUAAACAUACCUAAUUCAUAUCUUUCACCUUCUCCAAUUAAUGAUCUUAGCGAUGAUGACAUGCCGUCUAACUUGGACUGGAGAGAGUCUGGGGCUGUCACUCAAGUGAAGAAUCAAGGUCAAUGUGGAUGUUGCUGGGCGUUUUCUGCAGUUGGAUCACUAGAAGGAGCCUACAAAAUUGCAACAGGCAACUUGAUGGAAUUCUCUGAACAGGAACUUCUCGAUUGCACCACCAACAAUUAUGGCUGCAACGGAGGUUUUAUGACGAAUGCAUUCGAUUUUAUCAAAGAAAAUGGUGGAAUUUCAAGGGAAUCAGAUUAUGAAUACCUAGGUCAACAGUACACAUGCAGAAGCCAAGAGAAAACAGCAGCAGUGCAAAUAAGUAGUUAUCAAGUCGUGCCUGAAGGUGAAACAUCACUAUUACAAGCCGUAACUAAACAGCCAGUGUCCAUUGGAAUUGCUGCUAGCCAAGAUUUACAGUUUUACGCGGGAGGAACUUAUGACGGAAGCUGUGCCAAUCGAAUUAACCAUGCUGUAACAGCGAUAGGAUAUGGAACUGAUGAGAAAGGUCAGAAAUAUUGGUUGUUGAAGAAUUCAUGGGGAACAAGUUGGGGUGAGGAUGGGUUUAUGAAAAUUAUAAGAGAUUCUGGGAAUCCUGCAGGUCUUUGUGAUAUCGCCAAGGUGUCUUCUUAUCCAAACAUAGCAUAGCAUAGAUAAGCAAGCAUUUCUUAUAUGUUGUUGUAUUAUUAAGAAUUGAGAAAAAAAAAUAUUGAUUGUGUACAUGCAAAAGCUUUUUGCAUGAAGUAUUUGUGUCUUUUGUAUUAAAUGGAACUUUAUGAAGUUGUUAAAAAGUGUAUUGAUUAUUAUCA